AUGUCUACUGACAAUAAAGAAUUUUUUCCUGAUAUUAAACCAAUAAAAUAUAAUCCACAAGCAUCAAUCGAUGAUGUAUUAGUAUUUAAACAUUAUAAUCAAGAUGAAAUUAUUUUGGGUAAACCUAUGCAUGAAUGGCUUCGUUUUUCAGUUUGUUUUUGGCAUACAUUUCGUGGUAUUGGUGCUGAUAUAUUUGGUGCACCAACAUUUGAUCGUCCUUGGGAUCAACAAACAGAUGCAAUGACAAAUGCAAAAAAUCGUCUUCGAGCAGCUUUUGAAUUUUUUACAAAACUUGGUAUAAAAUAUUUUACAUUUCAUGAUCGAGAUAUAGCACCUGAAUGUGAAACAAUUGAAGAAACAGAAACAAAUUUAGAUGAAAUUGUUCAAUUAACUAAAGAAUUACAAAAACAAACAGGAAUUAAAUGUUUAUGGGGUACAGCUAAUUUAUUUUCCAAUCCAAGAUAUAUGAAUGGUGCAGCAACAAAUCCUGAUGCACAUGUUUUUGCUUAUGCUGCUGCUCAAGUUAAAAAAGCAAUGGAAGUGACACAUGAAUUAGGUGGAGAAAAUUAUGUAUUUUGGGGUGGACGUGAAGGUUAUAUGUCAUUACUUAAUACAAAUGUUCGAAAAGAAUUAGAUCAUUUAGCAACAUUCUUACGAAUGGCUGUUGAACAUAAAAAAAAGAUUGGUUUUAAAGGACAAUUACUUAUUGAACCAAAACCAAAAGAACCAACUAAACAUCAAUAUGAUUAUGAUGCUCAAACUGUAAUGGGAUUUCUUAGUUAUUAUAGUUUAAAUAAAGAUUUCAAACUUAAUAUUGAGCCUAAUCAUACAACUAUGGCUGGUCAUGCAUAUGAACAUGAUGUUGAAAUGUGUUCGCGUUAUGGUAUGCUUGGUUCAAUUGAUUCAAAUACUGGUGAUCCAUCACUUGGUUGGGAUACAGAUCAAUUUCCCAUGAAUUUACGUGAUUGUGCUUUCAUAAUGAAAACAAUUAUUACUCAAGGUGGACUUGCUCCUGGUGGUUUAAAUUUUGAUUGUAAAGUUCGUCGUGAAUCUACAAAUCUUCAAGAUAUGUUUAUAGCACAUAUUGGUGCUAUGGAUUGUUUUGCUUUAGCAUUACGUAAAAUGGCUUGUUUAUUUGAAGAUAAAAAAUAUGAUAAUUUAAUUAAACAGCGAUAUGCAUCAUAUAAUCAGACAGAUAUUGGUAAAAAAAUUGAAGAUGGAACAGCAACAUUUGAAGAAUUACAUGCAUUUAUUAAAAAGAAUGGUGAACCAACUAAAACAUCUGGUGAACAAGAAAAAUAUGAAUUUAUUUUUAAUCGAUAUUUAGAUUGA